GCUGUUUCUUCCGGUUUGCUGGAGGCGUUAAUCAGAUUUAGCUUAAAAGCUUCGUCUGUCGGCGGAGCGGCCUCAGUCUGAAGGAACCUGCAGCUCUGAAACCAUCAUCUCUGUCGGGAAAGAACUUGUGUUCAUGCUUAAAUAUCCUCCAACAGCUCAGAGUGUCCGUAAGAUGCGGCGACGGCUGUGCUGACCGGCCGCUCUACCCCCGGACCGCCGACGGCUCUGUCUGCACCGCAGCGCCGCUUGUUAUGCGUCCGUGACCUCAUUGUUGACGCCGUUCUGUGGACGUCUGCCGGCGUUUGCUUGGAUGUGAGACGGUCUCCGUGUGCGAUGUGUGGACGCUCCUCCCACCCGAGUCUGCUGCUGUGGAUCAUCGCAGCAGGACUCUCUGCAGCUCUAUGUGACGUCAAAACGGCGAGCAGCCUGACGGCCGAGGCGGGCCGCCCCGUCCUGCUCAGCUGCAACAUCUCCCUGGCGAGCGGGGAAGAUGUCCGCCAGGUGCGUUGGCUCAACAGGCACAAAGUGCCCGUCCUGACCUACCAGCCCCCGGCCCACGUCAGCCACAGCCUAGCCCACGUGGAGCUCGUCCCCUCCCGCCAAAACGCCAGCGCCAUCACCAUCAUGAGGCUGCGGCCCGACGACGCUGGCUGCUACCGCUGCAUCUUUGACAUCUACCCCUCGGGGAGCCAGGAGGGCUCCACCUGCAUCACCGUCGUCGGUAAAGUGCACCUGGAGGGGAACAGGACGGCCAUAAGCGGGAAGCCCGUCACCCUCUCCUGCUGGUACAGCCUCCCUGAGCGCGUCCGCCAGGUGCUGUGGACGAAGACGACGGAGCAGGGCGACACCGCCGCCGUGGCGUCCUACUCCAAGAGGGGCACCCACACAUCCGAGCAGUUCAGGGACCGGGUCCGGCUGAGUCCCACGCUGGAGGACAGCCGGCUGACGGUCCUGAGCGUGCGCACGGAGGACGAGGCCUGCUACACCUGCCAGUUUCACACCUACCCGGACGGAGCCCGGAGCUCCACGGCCUGCCUCUCCGUCUACGUUCUGCCCAAACCCGAGGUGACCCAUGUGGUCUCGUCCCCCGGCGUCACCGAGGCCAACUGCACCGCCCAGUCCCGCCCGCCCGCCGAGAUCACCUGGGAGGUCGGCGAUGAGAACCGCACGCUGGGGGCGCCCGUUUCCUCGGCCUACGAGCAAGGCGACGGCACGACCACGGUGACCAGCACGCUGCUCUUCCAGUCGGGGCUGCUGGGCGACGUGGCGGUCAGAUGCGUGGUCCACCACCGGGGGCUGGAGAAGCCGCUGAUGCUGGCGCUCAGCACCAACGUGCGCCCGGCCAUCAUCGUGCUCCUGUCGGUGUGCGGCGUGGCGGCGGUCCUCCUCCUGUGUCUGUGCGUGUGCCUCUGCAAGUGCUUCAUCUGCACCCAAGACUGAUCGGGCCGUCGGCGCUGCUUCCAUGAAGCUCCAGUGGAGGUGUGACCCAGCUGCUCAGAACCGUGAAAGAACUAAAAUCAUCUUUUUAAUGCUACAGUAGGAUUACUGUGUGAAGACUAGACACUGUGACAUCACUCUGUGAGAGGCGUGGCCAAACUCCUCACAGGUGAGUAAAUGUUUGUUGAGGACUCCCCAGAAGCACAUUGAGAAUGAUCAAACUGCUCCUCCGACUGAGCAAAGACUCUCUAUGGACACUUGAAGUGUUGAGGCUCAGUUUGCCGAACAGUCGACUCACCUGAGGAUUUACCUGUUCGCUCGGAGGAGGAACGAAAGAACCUGUAGAGUUUUUACCAGAGAAGAAGAAGAAAACCCGACGGCUUCAGUUCACUGAGUGGAAACGACAGCUUCUUAUUUUCAACGUUUCAUCGGGACGGGGGGGGUGGGGGUGUCUGUGGUCUCCAGCGGAGCGGAGGAACUCUGUGACUCGCUGGGUUUCUACGUGCUGAAAGGAGCAUAAAUCUGCAGAAUCGAGCGUUUGCAGACCUGCACUGGAGCCUGGCCUUAGAUUUAACUGCUUCCCAUCUAAUGUUACACUCUUGCUUUGUUUGUGUGUGUAAAUAUAAAAGGAUUUUUAAAGUAAGCUUAUUAAUAAAUUAGAUUUUUCCUUAAAAGUGUUUAUUUUUUAUGUUCUUUCAUUGUUUUCAGGGCUAAAAUUGUUUAUU